AUGAAAUUAAUUGCAUUCAUCUUUUUAGUUGCUUGUGCUACCGCAAGUAGUUUACCAUAUCAAUGUCAAAACUCCAAUGGAUACACUACCAAUUUCGAAGUAUCUUCCUUCAACUGUUUAGAUCCAAAUUCGAACUCUCCACCAUUAUCAUUCUUUGAAGCUGGAAAUACUACUAUAGAUUUUGUUGGACAACGUAGUUUCCUCUCCUAUUUUAUUGUAUUUGAAGGUCAAGAACCAAGUUCUGGUUCGGUUUGGGAGUUUGGUCAGACUGGUGAGGGAUAUAUCUUGGAUAAUGGAGUUUGUUUCAAAACAUCAUUAAACUAUCCAAUUCCCUCUGCACUUCCAUUGGGUGAUGUAGUAGGUACCACCAAGAUUGGACAAUUCCAAGUUCAAAUCUUCAAUCCUUCCAAAGUUUCAAACAAUACCGAUCAAGCCUAUCUCUAUGAUCCAAAGACCUGCUCCCUUGUUUCAUCCACCUUAAGUAAUUCCGAUCUAACCAACCCAGGAUAUAUGGUUUUGAAUUUCUACGACUUUGAUAACAGUUUCACCGAGUCAUGGUUUGAUUUACCAUCUGAGUGCUCCUCAGAAUCUGUAGUCUCUCUUCCCAAUUUCAAAGCUCCCAAACACCUCAAUAUGUUAAAAAAAUUCUUUUAA